UCACACUUCACACAACCAACCACCCUUUUGCCACCUCUCUCUCUAUUUGACUGUUCCUCUCUUCUUCCUUCUUUCGUCUUCAUCUCUCUUUGAUUUCAACACUCCUGACACACAUACACAUACACUUCAACUAUACUCUUCUCUAUAUUUUUAUUCUUUUCAAUUCAGUUUUGAUUUUCUCGAUCACCCAUGGCUGAGGAACCACAGAAACCAGCUGAGGAAGUGGUGGCCGCCGUAGCUCAGCCUGAGACGGAGGCCCAGCCGGACAAACCUGUUCCUGAGACAGAUAAGGAGACACAUGCCGAUAAGGCAGAGGCGGCAGUGCCUGAGGCUGAGAAGAAGGAGGGCGAUGCUGUUGUAGUGACAGAGAAGGCAGUGGAAGGAGAAGCGGCGGAGUCGGAGGCGGAGAAGCCCGUUGAAGGGAAGAAUCAGAUAGCGCAAUCGGUGUCUUUCAAGGAGGAGAGCUACGUGGUUGGCGACCUCCCCGAAGCACAGAAGAAGGCUCUCGAUGACCUCAAGAACCUCAUUCAAGAAGCCCUCAAUAAGCACGAGCUCUCCUCUCCUCCUCCCCCUCCACCGCCAAAAGAAGAAGACAAGAAGAAAGAAGAGGCCGUUGCAGCUGCCGAAGAGAAGAAGGAAGAGGCAGAAGAGAAGAAGGAGGAAGCUGCAGCAGCCGAGGAAGAGAAGAAGGAAGAGGUGGUAGCAGCUGAGGAGAAGAAGGAAGAGGUGGUAGCGGCAGCCGAAGAAGAGAAGAAGGAGGAAGCUGCGGCAGCCGAGGAAGAGAAGAAGGAAGAGGUGGUAGCAGCUGAGGAGAAGAAGGAAGAGGUGGUAGCGGCAGCCGAAGAAGAGAAGAAGGAGACGGUAGAAGCCAUAGAGGAGAGCGUAGUGUCAGUGAAAGUGGAGGAAGAAGGUCCUUCAAGUUCAGCAGUAGCCGUGGAGGAGGAGAAGAAGGAAGAAGCGGCAGCUCCUCCUCCGCCGCAAGCUCCAGAGGAAGUGUCGAUAUGGGGAAUCCCACUGCUGGCAGACGAGAGGAGUGACGUCAUCCUGCUCAAGUUCCUGAGAGCGAGGGACUUCAAGGUGAAGGACGCCUUCACGAUGAUCAAGAACACCGUCCGAUGGCGCAAGGAAUUCGGAAUCGAUUCCCUGAUCGAGGAAGAUCUCGGAAGCGAUUGGGACAAGGUGGUGUUCACUCAAGGGGUCGAUAAAGAAGGGCACCCGGUGUGCUACAACGUCUUCGGAGAAUUCGAGAACAAGGAGCUUUACCAGAAGACGUUCUCCGACGAGGAGAAGCGCCAGAAGUUCAUCAGGUGGAGGAUCCAGCUUCUGGAAAAGAGCGUCAGGAAGCUUGACUUCAGUCCGAGAGGGAUCUCCACCAUCGUGCAGGUCAACGAUCUCAAGAACUCACCUGGACAACUGAGCAAGAGGGAGCUCAGGCAGGCUACUAACCAGGCCCUCCAACUGCUUCAGGAUAACUACCCUGAGUUUGUUGCCAAGCAGGUGUUUAUCAAUGUGCCAUGGUGGUACCUUGCCUUUUCAAGGAUGAUAAGUGCUUUCCUGACCCAGAGGACCAAGAGCAAAUUUGUAUUUGCUGGACCAUCCAAGUCUGCUGAAACCCUUUUCAAGUACAUAGCCCCGGAGCAAGUGCCGGUUCAAUACGGUGGACUAAGCAGAGAGGGUGAGCAAGAAUUCAGUACCGCCGAUCCUGUUACAGAGGUUACAAUCAAACCAGCAACAAAGCACACCGUCGAGUUCUCAUUUGCUGAGAAGAGCCACCUUGUCUGGGAGCUUAGAGUUGUGGGUUGGGAUGUGAGCCACGGGGCUGAAUUUGCGCCCAGCGCCGACGAUGGAUACACGGUGAUAGUACAGAAGAGCAGGAAAAUCGCCCCGGCGGAUGAAACAGUGAUUUGCAACAGCUUCAAAGUGGGUGAACCUGGCAAGGUCGUGCUCACCAUCGAUAACCAAACAUCCAAGAAGAAGAAACUCCUCUACAGGUCCAAGACCACACCCAUCUCUGAAUAGAGAGCUUAAUUUUCGAGGAAAGGUGCUGACCAGAAAAUGCUGCCUAGGUGGGUGUUUAUGCAUUUCAUUUGAUGGAACAAAAUCAGGGUGCAACCUGGGGUCUGGGGGGGAUUAUUCUUUCGUACAGGGUUAUUUUGUUCAUUUGGUUUAUAUAAAUUUUAUAUAUUGUUGUGUCUGGGGUGGCCAAAUUUAUCUAUAGUUAGUUGCUCAUAGUAAUGUGAUAUCUAUCACUAUAUAUCUUGUUCAUGGGUUUUGGAAUUGGAUACAACCUGUUAAUGCAUCACCAACUGGAGAGAGGAAACAUAAUACACAAUUGGGGUUGGGGCUUGGGAGGGUUCAUUUGUUAAAGGAAAAAAGUUAGUGUAUGUAUGGACUCUCGGAGACAGAUUGUGUUACUUUGUGAUACUAUUGUUUCUGUAAAGCUUGUUCAAAUGUGGUGGCAGUGGUGCUGUCUGUAUUACUUUAUUAUUCCCGUAAAUAAUCAAAAUUUACUUCAUUGUUUGUUCA